GCCCAGAUGGCCAGUUACACAGCAUUCCAUGCAGAGAGAGCAGUGAGCCAAGCUCCCUCCCCCUGCCACGAGUGUACACGGUGCUCACACUGCUUGCAAUCAGCUGCUAGAGGAGGUGGAGCAGGAAGAGGCAACGUACACGGAUAUUAGGUAGGCACCAAGGCCUGCUACUAUAGCAAUAUAUAGCAAGGCUGGCACGCCAGGUGGGGGCAGGACUCCAACUCCCAUCAAUGUCAGCACUUGUAGUGUGUCUGCAAUUUAAGAUAGUGGAAGCUGGCCGCCACUUUGUAUGAUAUGCCUGUUAGGACAUUAGUGCACUUUUUAACUGCAGCCCAUUCCCCCAGUUUACUGAGUGGGACUGUGUUUUAGUAAGUGCUUAUUAUGACAGCUGGGUAAAGGUAGUGGAAGAAUGGGGUGUGCUGGGAGUUUUGGUUGCUGGAGUAACGGACUGCAACAUUCCUGGCACUGUGUUCCACAUUCCAUCAUGGACUUAUAGCUUGUUACUGAGACUUGUGGGAAAAAAUCCUGCAUGACCUGAGCUGCUCGUCGUAUAUAAGUGAAUUAUGGGUGCAUAGAGCAGUCCUGCAAUUUAAUAUUAUUUAAAAUAUGUAUUUAAGCAUUCCUCACUAAACCAGCCUUGUAGUCAUCUUACAGCUUUAUAAUUUUUGGGAAGAGAGUUCAGAGGGUGUUUAUAUUGUUAUAAACAUAAUUUAAGGAAAUCAUGUAAUGUGUUGCAGCCACUUUUAUGCACCAAAAAUUCAGUUUUCUAAUACAUUUAUAUCGAGGUUUCCACUUUUUAAGCUGCAAAGUAAAUGGAAAGUUUGUACUGUGAUCAAAUCAUUGUAGGAUGUAUCUGCAUAUAUUUAUUACAGAUGGCCCUGCUUCAGAUUAAAUCUGGUCAUUUUAUCUAAGUAUGGUUUAUCAACUCUAUUAUUAUUAUUAUUAUUGCCAUUUAUAUAGCGCCAACAGAUUCCGUAGCGCUUUACAAUAUUAUGACAAAUGUAUAUCUCUCACUUUGACACGUGAAAUAUAAUCAUGUUUUUUAUUUUGCUGUGUGCUUGUUCAAAAGCCAGUUACAAAAAACAAGUUUGACAUUUGUAACCCUCCCUAGGAUUCUCAGCCAGUCAGUCAUACAGGUUGGAUGAAAUGAUGCAUUAUCAAUGUGGUCAGGGAGGAGUAGGCUCUUAAUUUGUAUCAAACUAGUUUGAAAUUAAAGGGAAGAAUGAUGUCAGGACACUGUAGGCCAUGUAACGACCAGCAAGAUGUAAUGUUCAAAUUGCCUGGGUUGCCCUUUUAAAAUGUUUCCUUUUACCAUGUGUCAAAUGGUGGGUUGACCAGUUGAAUUCAAGAGUGGGGUAAAAAGUAGAUGCCUGACCUCUGCUGUGGCAUGCUAUGUGGAUAAUGUAUUUUUAAACUAACAAAAAACAAACAAAUAUAUACACAAAACAACAAACUGUAGCGAUUUUUAUGAGCAGGACAAUCACAAACCGGGCUCUAACUCUAGUCAGGAGCCUCUAAUCUUGCCUAUCCCAAUUUGGCAGGAUAAAUAGUUCAGCUCCAGCUGAAUUUUCAUCCUGUCUGUUCAUAAUGCAAGGACGCCUAAAGCAAUCACCUGAGAAUUAGUCUCUCACCAUAGUUGGUGAACAGAAGGAAGAUAAGUCUUUCAAAGCUAUCUCUGAUCUAGGAGACCACUCUUGGCUGUUCUGUUAUGUGUGUCUUAACGGUGAAAGGGAGCAGUGUGCUUUCUGCUUUACAACUUUUGCAAAGAUACACACUUGUUGCCUAGAGUGUGUAGAGUGACCCCUUAAAACAAAGCCCUUGUUCAAUUGGGAGAUAAAAGGGAACAUUAAAAUACAUGUAAUAUUUACCAUAUCACGGUGUCAUUAUGCUGUAUAUUAAGAAUGCUGGUUUCUCCCGACUCCACUAAAUCUAAUUGACCCCCUAGUUGCCCCCAAAUGCCCCUAUGCUCCACACAUUACCUAUUUUUUUAUCUUUAUUGUCUGCCCUGACCUAUAUUCAGGGCGCCGCCAUCUUUGUUUGCGUAGAUAAAGUCCCUGUGGGAAACGUCAUCUACCCACACAUGCCCAGGAAUUUCAUCUAUUCAUUCAUUCGUUAGAAAUGUCAGAUGAACAAACAAACACCGAAUAUCAGUCUUCGUUUGUUCGUUUUGUUUAUUACAAGGAGGGAGCUACCGCCGCGCAGCUCCCUCCUUGUAAAAUGUAAAGAUAGAAGCGUCAGGGAGCUGUGCUCCCCACCACUUCCUAAGCCCCCCAUGUCCUCCCUCACUCUCUGGGGGUCAAUAUGACCCCCAUAAUAGCAUAAGGGAGAUUAAAAUCUCCCGAAUGCCCCUACUUGCUAUUCUGCGAGUUGGGGCAUGUCUAUUAAACAGUGAGCAGCCUGCGUCACUGUGUGGUUUAAAAAAAAAAAAGCCACUGGCUGCUCACUCUUUACUAGACAUGCCCCUACUCGCAGUAGUGUGUGUGUGUGUGUAUAUAACGAAUGCAGUGUGUGUUUGUGUAGUGUGUGUAAACUGGGUGGGGGGAGGGCAUUUUUAUUAUUUUAAUAUUUUUAUUUUAAUAUUGUUUACUUUUUAUUUUAUUUUUUUUGUCCCCCCUCCCUGCUUGUUACCUGGCCAGGGAGGGGGGAUAUGACAGUUCCUGAUGGUCCAGUGGUAUGGGCUGUGCAGUGGGCGGAGGCAGCAAGCUGUUACUUACCUUUGCAGCAGCUCCCCUCAUCUCAUAGUGUAAAUCUCGCGAGACUUGUAAUGAGCCCGGCAGUAAGUUGCCAUAAUACAGACACUGACUCGAGUAUAAGUCGAGGCAGGCUACUUUGUCUUAUGUUUUAAAGAAAACUAGAGCAGACAGGAAGAAAUUAUGAACAGAUCUUGAGAGAGGGAGAAAAGAGGAAUCGAUUUAAAGUGCCGCUUUAAGCAAACUUUGGAGUGUGGAGUGGGGAAAGAGUACAGUCUGAUAUACAGUGGGUUUACAGUCUCUUUGUAAUGAUCUGGAGACUCUGGACUGCUUUUUUGGGUGAUAUGCAGAUAGUUCAGGUUCUCUGUACUGGCACAACUAAAACCAGCUUGAGAACUGAGCAAGGACCUAACGGAGGGCAGGCUAUUUUAUUCCCUGUUCUUGGUAUUCUCUUGUGCUCUGUUAUAGUUUUUUGUUCCUCCAGUGUCCUCCAGCAGCUGUAGAGGAUGUAGUUAUAGCUGUAUGGAUAUAUCUAUGUAUGUAUGUAUGUAUGUCUGUCUCUAUCCUAAACUUUCGAGAUUAGAUUUCAGUUCACUACAAUUUUUUUUAUUUUAUUUUUAAUUGUAGUAAAACCAUAUUGUAUAAACCGUUUUCUGUAUUUUAAAUUAAAGGGACACUAUAUACACCCAGACCACUUCAACUUAUUGAAUUGGUCUGGGUGCAGUGCCCCUGUCAGUUUAACCCCGCAAUGGCAAUGAUUUCCGUUACUAAUUAACUGCAAUAAUUACAUUGCAGGAUUAACUCCACCUCUACUGGCUGUCUACUAGACAGCCAAUAGAGGUGCUUCUGGGUCAUCGUUUGGUCACCUAACUGACGCUGGACUUCCUCACGCUAUGCAUGAGAACAUCCAGCGUCACCCAAAACCCCAUUGGAAAGCAUUGAUUCAAUGCUUUCCUAUGGGACUGUGCGAACGCGACUGCUGCCGCGCAUGUGCAUUAGGUCCCCGAUAUCUGAGGUGGCACCGCCUGACCUAGUGCUGAGGGAUUCAUGUAAUUAGAAAAAAGAGUGGAUAACACUUUAUGUGCUGGUGAGGUGCCAGGGAGGGGGCACUAUAGGGUAUUAUAGUGCCAGGAAUAUAAUUUUAUAUUCCUAGUCUAUAGUUUCCCUUUAAAUAUUUAAUUACAAUGUAGAUUAUGUAAGUUUUUGUUAAUGUUCACUUUUUGUUUGAGAUAUAAUGUAACUUCUGUAAAGAUUCUUCAAAACAACCUUGUAGUUAUUCACUAAAAUGGUGAUAUUUGCUGAAUUUACAUGGCAGAAACUGUAAAUGUUAAGUCAAAAAUGUCUCUCCACUGUUAUAGGCUGAAAGGUGCAAUUCGUUUUUAUAAAUGUAUUUAUUCAUAAAAUAUUUUACUAGGUUGGAUACAUUGAGAUUUCUCUUGUUUUUAAGUAUGUCCUGGGUCAUCCCCCCCACCCCCCCUCCAAAAUAUUGCAUUGUUACAAUAGGAUACAAUAUACAAACUAUACAUAUACACCUAUAUAAAUUUAAUACAUAACAGGUAAUAAAGAUAUUCAACCAUGACAGGUGCAUUCUGUGCGGAGGUAUAUUAUCAUAGAUCUGACUGUGUCCCUGAAGUUAUUCCAUAAUUGCGGUGCUCUGUAGGAAAGGGAGGAUCGAGCCACUAUUUUAUUUUUUGUAUUGGGGUUUAUGGUAAAUAUCGUACUAGUACUGGAUCGGAGGUGGGAACAGCCGGGGAGAGCAUUCUACUCAUGUAGGGUGGGAGCUUCCCAGAAAUGCUCUUAUGCACAUAAAUGUACACAAGUCACUUCUUGUGUUUUUUUUUUUUUUUUCAUUUAUUUAUUUUUUUCCCCCUUCAUUCUUCCUCCUCUACCAGAGACCUGAGAAUUUGAGUGAUCGUAGCUGUUACUAGAACUUGUGUAUGUAUUUGUAGAAUAUAUAGUUUCUAGGGUUAAUGGCUGUAGUUGCAGUUCUGUAGCAAUAGAAUAACCUAUUUUCUAGCCUUGUUUUUAGAGUACACCAUAAAUCACAGUUCACUUAUGUUAAUGCUGCAUCUAUAGUGUGUACAGUGUGUGUGUGUGCGCGCACAUUUAUGUUUCUGUAAUGACCAAUCUGUAGGCAGUUGACUUGUUAGAUUUGAUAGGCGAAUACACUUCCAGUGUGUUUUUUACUUUUAUUGAUUUCUUGUACAGUGCCUGUAUUAUCAUUUACAUUUCUGUACAGACAAAGGAAACUUUUUUCUAGAGGAAAUUGAACAAGCAUUCUUGCUAAGUGUUACCCACAGUCUUUACCUAUCCUGAUUGUCUCACAAUGGCUUUCAUUGUGCAGUGUUGGUACAGAUCGUUGCUAAACAUGGAUUUUUCAGACACUGUGCCACUUUCCUAUUACCUUUUUUUUAUAUAACUGCUCCCCAAACAUUUAACUUUAAGGAAACAGGCAGACAAAAGUCCAAUAAAUUUUAUUAGCUGCCUUCUGGGAAAAAAACCCAACAUAUUUUCUGAUCACAAUAUGUAAUAUUUAAGGUUCACAUUAGUUUGUGUUUUUAUUUUAUUUUUUUUACUUGACACAUUAUUGCUACAAUAUAUAUUUUUCAUUUUAUUGACAUUAAUUCCAUUAAUAUUUUACUUUGUAAUCGUCGCCAAGUUCUAAAUGAAUGUCUGUAUUUACUUUUAAUACCUUGCAUGUCAUUUCAAAGCAGUUUAUUUUUCCAUUUAAAGCUUUGCUAAUUUAUUAACUUAUUUUUUUUUUUUUCCUCUCCUUCGUAAAAGUCCUUUUUGUAAUUAUUCCCCCCAUUGGUUACUACUUCUUACUUAAUCUGUCAAAUAUAUGGUGUGAAAAAUGUGGGUGCUAAUUAUAUCUUGUAUAUUAUUUGCAAUACAAUAAUAGGUGGGAUUUUGAGCCAAACCAAAAAAGAUAUUGAGCUAAUGGUGCAAAUGACCAGAAACUCAUAAUGGGGGUUAAUCCCUAAUUUCAGUUCCACUUUUUCGGCAAUCCCAUUGAAAUACUCUAGAGAUAUGUGUAACUAUAUAGGCGCCAACAAACUGUACCCUGCACACAUGUUCCUGACUCUUGGCUCACCUCUGCACCAGCUCUCCUUAAAUUUGCACUUUAAGCAAAUGGCUGAGAGUAGGUUAAGCCACAACUGGUGAGAGGACUGGACCAUGGGUGAUUUUUGUCAGUGUGCCAAAACACGCUCAGUUUUAAAGCACUUUAACCACUAAAAUAAACCCAUGGGUACCCACACUAUCCCUGUACUAUAUUUUCAGAGAUUUCUCACUUAGUGAUGAUAGGAGUCUUGCUCAGUGUACAAGAGGAUUAAAUUUAACUUAAUUUGGGGUCUGAAUAUUAUGGUUUGGCUACCCAGGCUUUAUCUGGGCAUAAGUACUUCAGGGAGAGGAACUGAUUUUAUGGUGGUAGUAGCAAAUGACUUCUGCUGUACAAGAAGUAUAACUCCUGUACCGGAGAUGCCAUGAGAUUAGAGACCCUGUGCUACACAUUGUGUUUCUUAAUGCACAAUGCAGUCUCGACAAACGUGCAUUAAGAGACUUGAAAACAUGAAUUACAGGUUUAAAAAAACGUGGAUCAUGUAAACCUAUAAAAUGUAUACACCAGAGAAUGUUUUCAAUUGCAUUGCAGUUUUCUUCUGAUGCUGUUAAGCUUAACAUUUUCUUUUUCCAAUGGUUUUAUUUGAAUCUUUAAGUAGAUUUUGUGUAGUGGUAUCAAAGUGUGUGUAUGUAUGUAUGUAUGUAUGUAUAUGUGUAUGUGUGUGUGUGUGUGUGUAUAUAUAUAUAUAUAUAUAUAUAUAUAUAUAUAUAUAUAUAUAUAUAUAUAUAUAUAUAUAUAUAUAUAUAUUAUUAUUAUUAUUUUUUUGUGCUACAAAAAUACAUACAAUAGUCUACUUCUUUAUGUAAUAACAGUGAAUUGUUUUAGAUUCCUUACGGAUUGCCACAUUGUAUUUUAUGUGUGUUUACAUGUAGCCAUGGAAACUUAAAUGUGUAGUCAGGUGUUCUACUUAAACAAAGCCAUAUAUGAAGAAUUGUACCAUUGGAUUAAGAAUCUAAAGCCCUUGCUUUUUUGCCAUUGAAUAUACAAGUGGUAUUUAGACUCUCACUUUCUUUCUUUACCAUAGAUGGGCUGUGUAUACCAAGCACUGGGUCAGAGGCAGUUGAGGCUGAGUAAGCACAGUGUAAUGUUCAUUACAAAUAUUGGGGAAUAAUUUGUAGAUGAGAAAAGUGGAUUGUUAUAUUCUGAAUGUAAGACACCACUAGAUUUAUUUAACAAUAUGCUGCAGGGCUCAAAUUUUGUGUUUUUUGUUUAACGUGGUCAUUCACUAAAAUGAAACUUUAAAGUGAAUUUUAAAUGUAAAGGGAUAAUAUAGUCACCAGAACCACUACAGCUUAAUGUUGUGGUUCUGGUGUCCAUAUCCUAUCCCUGUAGUGUUAGCACUGUAAGCACUGCAGUUUCAGAGAAAAGGCAGUAUUUACAUUACUGGCUGGUAACACAUCAGACAGCCACUAGAGGUGCUUCCUAGUCCAAUGCUGCACAAUGUGCAAUACGGGCGUUUAGCGUCUCCACGUUCUGUAUGGAGAUGCUGAACGUUCCCCAUAGAGAUGCAUUGAUUCAAUGCAUCUAAAUGAGGAGAUGCUGGUUAGUGCGGCACUUUGCCCCUCCUGCACAAUAGCCUAACAAUGAUCGAUCUCAGCCAUGGAGGCGGAGCCAGCCACAGUGAGACCAGUGUGGGGGAAACGUUGAGUAAAAUCACCUCUUUACUCCACAGAGAGGUGGCUGGUCACCUAAACAAUCUCUUUAGCACUUGUCUCAGAAAUACAAGUCUGUAUUCCUGGCACUAUAAUGUUCCUUUUGGCUACUUUGACCUUAAUCUGGGAGCAUAGUUGGAUUGAAGAAUUUUUCCAGUUUAUCUAGUGUGAUCUUUGUUGGUUUGAAAUUCACUUUGAAUUUUCACUUUAGUGAAGAACUCUGUAUGGUGAGAAUUGGAGGUGAAUUUCAAAUGUAAAGUUAAAGGGAUACAAUAGCCACCUAAACAACAUUGGCUUAAUGAAGCCGUUUUGGUAUAAAGAUUGUGCCUCUGAAGUGUCUCUGCGCUAUUCACUGCCAUUUAGGAGUUAAAUAACUUUUUUGUUUCUGUUUUAUGCAGCCCUAGCCACACCUCCCCAGGUUGUGACUGAGACAGUAUGCAUGAAAAAAAAAUGGUUUCAUUUCUUUCAAUCCUGCUCUGUAAAUUGAACUUUAAUUACAUAAGAGUAUCCUUCAGGGUCUAGCAAGCUAUUAACCGAGUAGAAGAUAAGAAUUUGCAAUAAUGGAAGUGUAAACAUUAGAUGUCUAUUUACAGGAAGUGUUUAGUAAGGCUGUGUAAGUCACAGCAGGGAGGUGUGACAAGAGCUGCAUAAACAUAUUGCUUUAACUCCUUAGUGGCAGAGUAUGGUACCCCUCCCCAUUCCGGACUUAAAUUUGGAUUAUCACUUUAAUACAGAACACUGUUAACCCCUUAAGGUCACAUGACAUGUGUGACAUGUCAUGAUUCUCUUUUAUUCCAGAAGUUUGGUCUUUAAGGGGUUAAAGGACCACUAUAGUGCCAGGAAAACAUACUCGUUUUCCUGGCACUAUAGUGCCCUGAGGGUGCCCCCACCCUCAGGGUCCCCCUCCCGCCUGGCUCUGGAAAGGGGAAAAGGGGUUAAACUUACCUUUUUCCAGCGCUGGGCGGAGAGCUCUCCUCCUCUGAUCCUCCUCCGUUCCUCCCCGUCGGCUGAAUGCGCACGUGCGGCAAGAGCUGCGCCCGCAUUCAGCCGGUCACAAAGGAAAGCAUUCAUAAUGCUUUCCUAUGGACGCUUGCGUGCUCUCACUGUGAAAAUCACAGUGAGAAGCACGCAAGCGCCUCUAGUGGCUGUCAAUGAGACAGCCACUAGAGGAUUAGGGGGAAGGCUUAGGGGGGAUUCUCUGAAACUGCUAUGUUUAUUAAAAAAUGGGUUAACCCUAGCUGGACCUGGCACCCAGACCACUUCAUUAAGCUGAAGUGGUCUGGGUGCCUAGAGUGGUCCUUUAAUGUAAAGCAUACAUUUGCGAGCUAUCUUACUAGCCAGAUGUAUAGCUUACAUUUUAUGAUUACUCAGAAGAGGAAUUUAUCAUUCACACAUCUGCAGACCAGAUAUGAUGCCAAAUGUACAUUGCUACAUCACUGCAAUAAAAUUCUGCUCAAUUCUCCAUUCCAGUCUAAAUGGAAGCCUGGGCUUUCUCGGAUAUAUAUAAUAUAUAUAUAUAUAUAUAUAUAUAUAUAUAUAUAUAUAUAUAUAUAUAUAUAUAUAUAUAUAUAUAUAUAUAUAUAUAUAUAUAUAUUAUAUUAUUUUUUUUAUUUAUUUUUUUGUGCUGCUGGUUUAAUCCUUUUUAUUUUCCAUUCUGCAGCUGCCCACAAAACCAACAGUUGUGAUGAGGACGUGAUCCUCCGGAAGUGCUAAUUAAUCUCACCCUAGAGAUUGCACAAGUUACAUCUAGUAACGCACAGGGCUCAGCUGGCACGUUAAGAUAGCAUUUCUACAUGAGGAUUGUGCCUGGGGUAGUAGAAAUCAAUGGCCUUCAGGUUGUGAGGGAGCUGAAACCCAGGAGAGUCAUAACAUAUUGAUGAACUGAUCAGCAGCUCUGCAUUAGGAGAAGAUGGAUUAGUCAUCAAACUAUUGUAAGUUAAGCAGAAAGCUGUAUGCGUGGCGUAUGAAGUUUGUACAGAUACGCAGAUAUUACUGGUUUGAUAUUGACCCUGUUUUUCUGUAGACGUUAUACUUUUAACCCCAUUUGUUCCAUUUGCACAAGGAAGACUUUCUGCCAUAAAAGGUAAAUAAAUAAAAAUGCAUCAAAACAAUUACACAAACUCAUGUGAUAUAUAAAUUUACGCUGGUCAAUUUAGUGUUUCAAGUGGGACUCUCUCUUCCGGACCAGUAACCAUUCUUCUGCCUUCACCCCCCGUAAACACUAUUGCAGCUUUUACUAUGGUAAACCCCAUAUAAAGCCCAACCCCUUUAAAAACUGGCCUCUUAUCUUAUCCCCCCACCACCACCAAACUUUACAGAGAAAUAGUUCAGAAAAGUAGAAGAUAAGCAGAAACAAUAGAAAGGUGAGUUUAAGGUGACAGAGCCACUUUAAUUUUACACACGUCACAUAUUUGUAAUAAAAUGUAUAAUAAGUGAUCAUUUGCAGGAUCCCCUGAUGAUAACAUUGUUGUGGGUGCAGGUGAAGGUGUCUUUGUUAACUGAACCUGUCCCUGGUAGCCAUCGCCAUGAUCUUCUUCGGUCCGGCCUUCAGCUGCCAUUCUACCUACAGCAUUUUGUCCCCUCAGCCAUCACUAGAGAUGGCAAGGGGCUUGGUAAGCUAUGACAUGACUUGACUCAGCCAUUUUGUCAAACGGAGGAAAAGUACUGAAACAAAUGACUCCCUACUUUGUCUUGGUAUAUCUUUUUUGACUAGAUGGAAUUUCAGUGAAAUUCCAACGCUGUCAAUAUGACUAGUUCACAAAAAAUGGGGUUUGAGGGUUACUGACCGGGCACUUUAAGCAUCUCUCAAUGUGUGGGUAAAAGGAAGAAUACCUAUAUGUGAAAGUGUGUCUUUUUAUACUCUAUUGAUGAGUGAAAGAUCCUGUAAGGACUAUUAAGACACUUGUCUUGCCCAGGGUUCAUAGUCUUGCACCUAUCUAGAAAACAGCAUUGACUAUAUUCUGAUAUUUUUAAAGCUAUUCAAAUCUUUCUUUAAAAAAAAACGUAUAUUUGUUUCCGUAUUGGUACAUUACCAAAUGGUGAAGAAGAAAAAGGAAAAAAAAAUCUUAGGAUAAAAACAUAUUUAUUUUUAAAAUCCAAGAAAUGUUGUACUCUUAUGAAAGUGCUUCUGCUAUUAUCUGAGAAAUGGUUAUGGAUUAGACCGCAAUCUAUCAGACCCCAUCUGGUACUGAAACUGUUAAUGAGGUACCAUCCACAGUGGGGAAUUUAUACAUUUCUACACUCAUUUUGUGGAGGACUCAGCUGUUCUUAAAAUUUGAGGUCUUUGACCUUUUCGCACUGUGACCCAAAAUUUAGAUUGAUUGCCAGGUCAUAAAAAUAAAUGAAGACCAAAGGUGUGCAAGUAUGUUGGAAAUGGGAAAGCAAAUGAAACUGCUGAUUUUCAACCUGGUUCCCAAGCUGCUCAUACGUUGAGUCUCUAAAACAGAUGAAAACAUUGAUUUCUGUCAUUUUAUUGUACGGUAAAACUGGCUUCUUGAUUUAUUAGCUUCCCUCAAAACUGGACAGCUUGUAAUAUUUGCAUUGGAUUCCGUUUGCAACUCCGUAGAACUCUUUAUGAAAUCAUCCCAGUGUUCUGUGCAAAGUUGGGCUUGCGUGGAAAGAACUAACAUUAUUGUUUGCUGUGUUUUUUUUGUGUGUAUCAUUGCUACUAGUAUGUAGGUGUCCACUAGCCAUUGUCGAGGGUAAACUUAAACCUGGUGAGUGUGCCAUGUGUCCACCAUGCUUGUAUUGGCAAGUAACUUUUAAGGUCUGGUUACAGUGUGUGUGUGUGUGUGUGUCUGUGUAUAAAACAGAGGGCUGCAGUCACCUGGACAUGCAUACAUUAUAAUGGUGUUGCUGGGGCCAAUUCAUACAACCUACAAGAUCCAGUGCACCCACUCAUUCACUAAAUGACCAUUUCAAAGCUCAAAGAAUGUUGUAGUAGAAUGUCAUGUAUUUUUAUUCUUUUUGUUUAUGAACUCCUCGUCUAGGCAAAAAGAAUGGGGGUUUUGUGAUAGUGUUUGAUCUUCCAUUGUAUAAGCCUGCCACUAUACCAAUGUACCCAUUUUUGACCGGUCCUAUCUUGGCAUCCAAAUGCCUGCUCUUAUGAGAUUAAUCCACAUACUUGGGAAAUGCUUCCUCCUGGGACUUUCUUCCUUGAGCUUUGAAAUUGCUGUUAGUGUGUGUGUGUGUGUGUGUGUGUGUGUGUGUUCAUGAGGAAUCUCUUCUUCUAUAAAUUUAACUUGGGGAGGAACAUCUUGUUUGGGUUCAGUUCCAAUUAGCAAUACCUAAACGUUGGCUACAUAAAAUAGCUGUUGUGGCUAAAAAUAUUACUUUAUUAUUAUUUUUUUUUGGUUUAUUGCAUCAUCUAACAUACUGAAAUAUUAAGUUUAUGCAUUUGCAUAAAGAGACUGCCAAAUGACAACAGUACUUCUAUUCUGCUUGAAAGCUUGUCUUAAUUUUGGUCCCAAGCUUGCUAGGCACUGUUUUGACAUUUUAAAAUUAAUAUAGGCGCAAGGUCAAAAAGAGUGCCGAUGUCUGUCUGAAAUAUAACUCGCUUCAUUUUAACAAAUAGAGGGUGAGGAUGAUUGAGCAAUAUUUGCGACUUGCCACCUUAUCCGUGAGUUUGGGUAAUCGUUUUAUCACCACAACAUUCCAGCGCUGAUGGUGUUAAACACAUUUAAUUGAGAAUAUUGUGUGAAUUCUAUAGUUCAUACUACAAAUCCUGCUACAACCACUUAUGAGUACCCAGAGAGUGGCUCAUUAUAAUUCGGUCUACAUUUAUUUUCUAGUCAAAUUGUUCAUUUGACAAGGAAUCAAAGGCUGUACAAAUAAUAAAAGAUGUGUUUUUAAUUCCUCCCGUCACAUCUGUUCACAGCAGGGCCGAUGGGUCUGCAAAAAAACUGAAGACUCCAUUCAAACAACGCACUACCCACAGCAGCUCAAUCUCGAUGGUAGAGUAUUAAAAUAGACAUGUGGCAUACUGCAAUGCUGAAUGUAUUUAAAAGGUUAUUGUGGUGAAAUGUAAAUAGACCCUUUCAGUACGGUGGAGGGCAAGACUUUCACUACACAGAAGUAAUUUCAAAGAUGUUUCAGAUGAGCAUUAUAACUGCUUAGAUUCCUUGCAAUAUCUCAGUGUAAACGGCCUUAUUUUUAUUAUUUUGAUCCCUGCUCAUGACCUUAUUUAGGUUGGCUGUCAUUUAAAUGUUUUUUUUUUUUUUUUUUAAUUGUGUUUUUGUAACUAACGUCAAUGUCGUAAGGUAACAAAGGUUCUUUUGGGUUCUAGGCAUAGACCACAUUACUGCAAUAAUCUUAUUAAACAGUCACUAGUGUCCAAUAUUUUUAUUAAUUUUAAAACAUUAUUGAUAGUCUAGAUCAGGGGUAGGCAACCUACGGCACUAGUGCCAUGGACGGCACUCAAGGUGUCUUUGCACGGCACUCAAGGCUGCUAGAGCCAAACAGGCUCUGGCCUAUCAGGAGUCCCAGUGAAACUUCAGAUAUCUGCUAAUACGAAAAGGUGGUGAAGGACAAUCCUAAAUUUAUGCAUUGCUGCACAUAGAGGAAGUGAUCUCAGAUAACUAACUCAUAUCACUUCCUCCCAGCACCUGUAAAUAAGAAUCCACACUGGAGUAGAGCAGCCCGCAGCUGCUGUUUCAGCUCCUGUCCUUGACCUGUACCUGGCCGGCCUGGUCCCCACUGGACCCCAGGGAAGCCACCCACACUGCUAGAUAUACACAGAAAUGCACACUAACCCUCCCCUCAUACAAAUAAUACGAACAGCCCGCAAGCAAACAUACACACAAUCCGCACAAACAUAACCCGCUAACAAUCCACAUACAUGCACACAACCCCACAUGCAGCCUCUCACAUGCAAUACCCCAAACAGCCCCCACACAUACACACACUACCAAACACACAAUGUGACAUAUCCAUCCACACACACAAUUCCACAAGCAGCCCCCAUACACAGCCCACAUUCAUAGGUAUCAUACACGAUACUACAAACUACUAAUGAACAUAUACAAAAUAGCUCAUAUACGCACAAAUAUAAAGAUACAAAGCAAUUACAGUAAAAAUAACACAAGCAGAAAACGGCAGCAUACAGACCUCAGUUUAAAAAAAAAAAAUAGGACGGGCACGCUAUAGGACAUCACAAUCCUAUUUCGGCACAGUGCUGCUAAAAGGUUGCCUACCCCUGGUCUAUAUGAAUAAAUUGUCGUGUUCCAAACGCAAGAAGAUCUGGAUGCUGUCCUAUGCUGGUGUAACUCUGCAUUGGUCCAAUCUGUUAAAGUGACUUCAACUUGCUGAUUAAUUUAAUAUUCGACAUGGCUAACAGUAUUGUUGGGUUUUAACUACAAUUCUCACCAUGUGGUGAUCUCCAUUUCAGUUUUGUCAAUCUCUAUACAUCAUGCUUCAUUGUAGACCCUGUGUUUCCGUCAUGAUUCCCUUUUAUUCCAGAAGUGGUGUCCUUCAGGGGUUAACAUGUUCUUGGGAUGGACCCAAACAAUUUUGUGACCUGGCUGCAUUUCGAAAUGAAUGACUUGCUCUCAAAUGUUGCAGUUAAAUUUAAAGUCAUAUAAUUUAUAAACCCACUCUUGGUUAUUUUGUAUAUAUACUUUUGUAUAUUAUGUGUGUAAGCAUUUCUACAUGAGCAGAUCUCAGUGAUUUAUUUUGAGUUGGAUUUGUUCAUGUUAACUUUAAUUACAAUCUUUCUCUUUGCAGAGUGUAAAAAGUCAGGAGUCUUGUACUCCCUUGCCCAAGCACUUUUAAUUGUAUUUAUUUUUUUUGUUCAUUGACUAAAACCAUUCUUGGCCUCAUUCCUUUUGUAACACAUUAAAAGUUAAGUAUUUUAUUUAACAUAUUUAAGUUUGUGGAGCGAUGUGCUUGCAGAAACAUUUUUAUUUUUUUUUUGUUUGUUUUUUCUCCCCCGAGAGGUUUGAUCUUCUAUAAAUGUUUUGUCCAUUGCAACAAUAUCGUAGAUGCUACCCUUCAGACAUCCUCAUUCACAUUUGUGUGAACAGGGCUAUGCACAACAGUGUUUAGCUAUUUUAAUCUGAAACUUUGUGUUUCUAUUUUCAGUUCACUACAAUUUAUUGUUGUUUUUGUGAUUUAUUUUUAAAAAGGAAAAACUCUAAAACCUAUGAAAUUCAAAAGUGAUUCUGCUGAGCUUUUUAAAAUUUUUACCGGUGAUGCUUUCGCUUAGAAAAAACACUGCAUGGAUUCAUUGUAACAUGAUCAUUUUUAGAACGCUGUGUGAUGGAAUCAUUUUAAAUAUAUAAUUUUUAAUUAGUCUGAGUGUCAAUAUUGCUUAUACCUGGGUUAAUCUGAGUGUGACAAAUUGCAGUUUCAAGGUUUUCAAUUUCUUUGUUACAGAGCCUAAAAAGGGAAAGGAGAAAAAAAAUAAAAAUAGACUAAAAACAAAACACUUUUUGCUAUGCUCUUCAGAUCAAAAGAGGUGCAAGUCUCUCUACUUUGAAGAUUAAUAUAAUAUUAUAAUUCACUUUGACUGUAACAUUAAGAUUAAUAAGUAAUGGCUCAUUCUGAUUCAUACUCUAGUUUAAAAUUUCAGCGAUGAGCCCCCUCUGGGAACUAGGAGCUAGAUAAGCAACAUUCUCAUGUGUGUCUGCUUCAAACAUGCCAUCUACUGAUCCUGGCUGAGUACGAUAGGAGUUAAUUACAAAUCACAAGUAGGAUUGCUAAAACGUCACUAUUUCUCAGUUUGCUUGAAAACAAUCCACAUUUUUAUAUUCCAUAUAGAAGUGGUUUGUUUGUUUUUUGUCUGUGUCUUUUCAGGAAAAUGUUGCUAAAUAUUAAGGCCAUUUUACUUUAAAUAUUAAUUAUGCUGUAAUGUCUCCUCUGUUUAGUUCUCAUAAGCGAGGGAGUAAAAAUGCGUGUGUGUGUUUUCGUUCAUCCAGCUGUCCACUAUGGGGGGGGAAAAAAAUGAAUGAUAAAUUACCAUAUCGCUUUUGAAGAACAAAGAAGUUGCAGCAUUUUAUCUGAGAUUCGUACCUUGGAUCCUCUGUGCAGAUAAACUAAGCUGAUAUUUUUCGGGUUAAGUAGCUGGUGUAACAGGUGUUUUUAUUUAUUUAUUUAUUUAUAUAUAUUUUAUUUUUUCUCCACUUUUAUACUAAUGCAAGAAAAGCCGUCAUCACACACUUGGACGUGUUUUAUUGGCAGGGCUAAAAUUAUAGUCUGUGAAUCUUUUGCCGGCGACAUUUUGUAAUAAAUGGUUAUCAGGCUAUGCCAGUGGCAGUUAAUGGGAUUAUCCAGCAGGCAGUGUAAGCAAUGAUCUGAAUCUCAGAACAGCCACUCAAAUCCUUUUUAUUUAACCUCAUGCUGUACUAUGCUAGAAUUAUUCUCACUUCAGUACUACUUUAGAAUGCCAUUGGAUAAAAUGCGCUUUUUAGAUAUUUCAUUGUGAAAAGUUCUCAAAAAGUUGUUUUGCAUAUAACCUGACAACGCAACAGGAUAUCCUAAGCCGCCCGACAAAAUGCGGGCUUUAUCAUUGCAGGGAGGCAUACUACGCCCUGCAGAUCGCUGGUCCCCCCCCUGCCAAUUCAUACUUUCCCUCUGGUGACCUGGAUCAGGAGGGAACUGCCUGACCACCCAAGCGGUCCCCAUGCGGCCAAUCCGGCCCUUCAGUGCCAUGUUAUUUAUAUAUUUAAUUAAAAACUCUUCUGUCUGUAUAUUUAAUGUAAUCAUUUUACCUUAUUUGAUCUUAUGAAUUACUAUUUUAGGAAACUGCCUGACAACCAAGACACAUACACAGUGGUGUAUUAAGGAUUUGGGCUGCCCUAGGCAGGACGGUACUCGGAACCCCCCUUCCCCCUUUAAUUAAAAUUUUCCCCACCCCUUCCGGUCAAGGCCGCACUUUGACAGACGCUCACUCACUGACAGAUGCAUACACUCAUUGACAGACACAUACUCUCAUAUACACUGACAAACCAUGAUAUAUAUAUAUAUAUGCACUCACUGACAGAUGCUUGCACGCCUGCGCAGACGCACUUGCAGACACACACAUUUUUAUUAUUUUUAUUUUUACUUUAAAUCCACCCAGCCUCCCUGGGAGAGCUGGAGUGGAUUGCCUUACCUGUCCAGUGGUGCUGCUGGUUGGGCAGGCAGGGGGCACACAGGCUGAGUUGGCGACGCUUAGUGAUGCCGGUUGGACGUCAUAUCCCGGCUUCAUUAAGCGGUGCGGAGGGAGCUGAGCAGGAAGUGCUCAUGUGAGGUAUGCUCCCUCGUUGCCCGCAUCAGGGGGGUGCUCACAAGAUGCCUUGUUUGCCUCGCGGAAGACACGUCCCUGCACAGUUAUCUAUAUCUACUGUUGUAGAUAUUGCUGAACACAAAUUAGUGUGUGGUGUGUUUUUUUUUUUUUUUUUAAACGUGUAAUGGUAGUGAUAUUGUUGGGGAAAGGACAGUUUUUUUGUUUUUGUGAAAAAUGCAAAAAACAAAUAUUCACAAACCCUGGCCAAAGAAGCGUUCAUAACGGGCUAUUAAAGACUGGACAUACCCAAUUUUGAAAUCCCUGAGUUAUCAACUUUUUCAAAUGGAAAGUUAUGAUGGGGGUCAUUUUCAUGCCAUACUGUCUCAAAGGCAUCAUAGGCCCAGCAACACAAUUUGGCAAAUUUCAAUGUGUAAAAACUGAAAAAGGGAACGCCCAAUAUUUGACCCUGUAACUUUCCAAAACCCCCAAAAAACCUGUACAUGGAGUGGCUACUUUUGUACUCGUGAGACGUUGCUGAAUAAUGUGUACCUUUUUUUUUGCAGUAAAAGCCAACUGUAUUAUGACCUUUCCAGUGAAAAUAUUAAUUUUUUUUUAAGAUUUGUAUUAAAUUGUUUGAUAUAUAAAUAUUUGAAGUGAAAGCCCUGUUUCUCCUGAACAAAAUGAUGUAUAACAAAUGUGGGUGCAUUUAAUAUGAAAGUGGUGUAUUUUGGUUGAACAGACAGCGCAAAUUCUAGGUUUAAUUUUUGUUUUUUGGAUCAGAACUUGUACCAUUGCCUCCGUCCUUAAGGGUUAAAAAAGGCAGAUAAUUUUAAAUGUUUCUUUUUAGGCUUGGGAAGAGGGGGGCAGAGUGGAGGGAAAGGAAGGGAGCUGUUUGUAGUGUGUGGAUGGGGGCUGAGAGUAAAUAAAUAAAUAAAAUUCCCACUUCUCUUUCCAAUUGGCUCUGGAGCUUCAGUGGGCAAUGUAUGUGCUUCAUGCUGCUUCCAGCGCCAUCUUGCUGCUCCCCAUGUGGUUCUGGGUAAACUCGCUACAGUGUGUGACGGACACGUCAGCUGUUACUAUGGAAACAAAUACACUUAUAAACUGCUUAAAACUGGUUUAAAAAAACCAAAACAAACAAACCACAAAAGUAUAGUGGUUUCUACAGUAACGGCUGACGUGCCAUAAUUACAUAUGUGGUGUCACACACUAUUUUGAGAUUACCAAGGACCGCAUGUAAUAUGGUGCUGGGAAGUGUCAUGAAGCUCUAAACUCACCUUGGUUUGUUUUUUUUAUUUUGUUUUUUUUGGUGGUAGCAAUUAUCAAAGGGCAGGUGGUUUAAAGCGCUUUUUGUUUGGUGAUUUUGCUUUGUUUUGUAAAGGUAUGUGCACUGACGAAGGGUUGUACCCUGAAACUGUUGCUGUCCUUCAAAUAAACCACUUUGUGCACACAGCAUAUCCCAGGUAUUGUGCUAAUGUCACUGUGCCACAUACUAUAGGACACAUUCAGAGGUUUGGUGGAGUCCAUGCCUUGACGCAUCAGUGAUUUAAAUUAUUUUUUUAUUUUUUGGGGGGCUGCAUAGGGAGACCUACAUAAUAUUAGGCAGGUAGUUUUUAAUAUUGUGGAUCUCUGUGUGUGUAUUAAAUUUAUUUUUUUGACUCCUUCACAAAGCAGCUAACCUAAAAUUCUUACAUCUGUUGGAAUACCCUACUGCCAUCUUUAAUGUUACUAUUUAGUCAGUCUUCUCAGAGGCAGGAUUUUUUUGGUUGGCCGUGAUAGUGGUUGACAUGCUGUGAUUGCAUACCUGUUCAGACAGCCAGAUAAGACCGUACAGCAAUGGGAUCCUGUCUUGUUGAAAUCUUCAAAUUCAGAAUGAACACCUCAGGUUAUUUGUGAUCACGUUCUCUCUACAAUAGGCAGCAAUUGCUCAUAGACAGACCAUUCUCUCUAGGUAAACAUGGUGAUCAUUGGUCUUCAAUUCUAUCAAAUUUCCCUGUUCUUAUUUUUCAGGUCUUGUUUGCCAUGAAUUGUACAUGCACUCCUUUUUACUAGCUGAUAUGAUGAAACAAGCAUGCCUACUGCUUCAUCAGAGCCGUUGGCAUCCAUAAGUGUCCAUGCACGUACGCAAACACCCAUGCAAUCAGAGUCCACUACAAUCUCUAUCUAUCUGUCCCUGCCACGGAGCAGUGUCCCUUAAAAACAUGGAAACCGUUUUUAAAUCAUUUUUUUAUUUUUAUUUUGGUGCCAUGCAUGGCACUGCACAUACCUAGUCUGGUACGCUUCAUUUGUGUUCCUAUUUUAUCUCUCCGAUGCUGGAAAAUAGUAUUGUAUGUAUCAGGAUCCAGUAACGACCUUUAGACAGGGAGUAGUCACUUAGACAUAAACAUCAAGCUUGAGUGAUGGAUGAUGCUGUAAUACAAUUAAUUCGCAGUUAAUGCAACAAAAAACUGAUGCAUCAUGUUGUACAUUGCAAUGCUAAAUGCUCUACAUUUUUUUUUUUUGUUUCCUUUAAGAAAUAUUGAUUUACCUUCCCCCCCCACCCCCCCUCAUUUUUCUUUAUGGUAGGAAUAGAAGAUGGGUAGAAAAGAUGCGGCAUCAACAAGAACCCCAGUCGAUCAAUAUCGCAAGCAAAUAGGUACGUUGUCAUACAUGUAGUUUAAUUGCCAUCAGUGAAAUAUGCUGAAAUUUGUACAUGUUAAUGCAAGCCACUACAAAGCCUUUCUUACCCGAUCACUUGCGUAUUUUAUAUGAAAGAUGGUAGUCUCAAAGCUGCUCAGACAAAAAGAAAACGAGGGGGUGAAAGAAAUAGAUUAUGCAGACAUCUUUCAAACUCAGAAUCUCUUAUUUAUAUGACUUGCAGCCUUGCCUAAAUCUUCAAACAAUCCUCACUGGACCUAGGCAAAGACCGUAGGCCCCUGGAGACCAGCCUCUUUGUUCAGUCUACAGAAUUGCAAGCUAACAAAAUGUACAGAAACUAAUGUUGUAGUUAAGGAAUGCUCAAUAAAUAAGGUCAGAAAAUGCUUUGCUAACAAAACUCGGAAACUUGAUUCAGUGAGGGAUUUCAAUAUAGAUCAAAGCGUCUCGCUGUCUGUUAUAUGCAGGACUAAUUAUUUUAUUUUCAAACUUUGGCUGCUUCCUUGUAACGUAUUUAAUUUACCUAUUCUAACUUUUUUGUAGCUCAGAAAAAUAGUUUGCACUAGGACAAAACUGCAAUGCAUGGAAUGAGUAAAAGGUAUAUAGAAGGAUUUCAUGUCGCUAAAAAAAUAAAAUUGUUUUCCUAUAACCAUUGCAGUUCUAAAUUGUGUUUCGUGUUCACAGAUUAAAUAACCCAUGCUAUACAAAAGAGCAUCUCUGGAUUUAAAAAUGCAUAAUUUCUGUCUGCUGAGGCUACAGCGUGCAAUGAUUCACCAAAACUAGACAGUAGAAGAUUAGUAAAAAUAUGGGUGUAAACCCUGUAAAUCCUUGGAUCCAUUCUGUCUAGUGUCAACCUCUCUUUAGGCAAAUAGUGAUGUAAUAGUUUCUGGGCAUUAUUUUCUUGGCAUAAUUCCUAGCAUUAAAGCGGCACUUUCGCAGUCAAGCCGAAUUCGCAAAGUCCCAGACGGUGAUAUCGCCACUGGUAGUCCAGUGGCCGAGUGGGGGGAGAGGGGCAGGCAAGGAUGAGAUUACUUAACUGAACCUGUCUGAUGCUGCCAUCUUGAUUGAGCUACUCCUCUUCAAUGACGUCACUGCUGUACUAUCGCUCAUUAAAGAGAAUACUGCUUUGAGGCCUAUGGGAAUACCAUGGGAUGCGCCAUAAACCCAGCCAAUAAUGACAUCAGGAAAUGCCAGGCGGAGGAGAAAUACAGAGACAAAGUAGUCCCUCUCCUAUUUAAUUUAGUCUCUACAUUCUCUGUAUUUCUCUUGACUGGGUUGGAAUUUCAGUGAAAUUCCAAUGCCGUCAGAAGUAUUUUUUUUUUUUUGAUGACUGUCACGAUUCGGAGAACCCAACACGCUGGCACACACACACACACACACAGAAAAGGUGCCGUACCGGACCUUAGAGUGGCCGGGCUAAGCACGCUAAGAAUAGUCAGGAGACAAGCCAAGUAAAGGGAGCCAGAAAACAGAGAACGAGAAACAAGCCGAGGUCAAAGGAGUGGAGAAGACAGGAUAAUCGGAAUAACGAGCCAAGUAAUCGGUAACCAGAGAGCAAGACGAGAACACUACGCUACAGGUAUCACAAGACCACAACAGGGCACUGAGGGACAGGAAAGGUAAGUAUAAAUACCCUUGGUUUUAUUCUGAUUGGAUAACUUCCAAUCAGAAUUAACAAUCACACGUGGGGGAUAUCUAUACCUCCCACUGUGAUUGUGGUACUGUCCCUUUAACGCUGGGUCACUCACGUGACCCCGGCGUUUACAUAGUUCAGUGACCUUCCAGCGUGCAGCGUUAUACAUGCUGCCGCUGGGGGGCGUGGAGGACGGGGGCGGCGAGCGGCAGAGAGGAGACGCCGCUCGCCGACAGGUAAGCAGAGGGGAGACCGCGGGCGGCGAUGGACUGAGGGUGAGUGCUGCAAGUGGCGUGCAGCCUCCCCUCCUAGCCGCCCGCGGAUCCCUGACAAUGACCAUGCUGCUUUGAUACAAACUGAGUAUUAUUAAAAUGCCACUACCUCCCAUGUGCAUUUAUUAGAGCUAACGUCUCUCGUUCUUCUAAUGGCUAUUUCCAACACAAUAACAAAGAGCAAUAUCCUUCAUGGUUACGUGAACAAAACAAGAAUUCAGUGUACUUCACUCCUUAAUAGUCCCCAUAGUGCAAUCCCAUGGCACACUUUUGGGAUGUCACAGCACAAACUAGCAUCAGACAUCAGACAUGUAUCAGCAACUCUUGGUUGUCCCCUAUUUGAGUAGUUCAGCACUGGGAGAUGAUAUCAUUUAUGAAAGCAAUCCAUGAAACUGGACACCACAAACUGCAACAUAUUUAAUUACUUUGCCAAACUGCUCCAUUUUUUUUUUUUCUCAUCAAUACAGUUAGUUGUGGAUACUCCCCUUCUGUGUAUACCACACAGAACCAAAAACAUUCUGCCGCAGGACUGAUGGAAUAUAAAAAUCCAGAAUGGUUCUGCAAACUUAACUUUUUAAAGUGAACCUGUCCAACGCUAAUCUACAGGCAGUGAAAUUCAUGCUAGUAAACUGAUAAAGAAAUAUGUAGAUUAGUUUUCCUGUUCAGCACAUUUGGAUUAUUAAAUCGGGGGGAGCUCUGUCCAGAUUAUUCACUAAAGUAUGAAUUGUCUUGAGCAGGACUGUCUAACAUGUGGGCUGCAUACGGCCUGUAGAGCUCACAGUGGAGGCCAAUCAUAUGGUUAUGGGACUCGGAAGGGCCCCAGUCAGGCCACCGGACCAGGUUCCUGUCACAGCAUUAGAUCCCCCCCGUAUCCUACUGGGAGGAACAGAGUUCAGGUCACUACCUUGUGGGUAGGCAGGAGCAGGCACACAGUAGGGGAGUCUGGAAUCUCAGACUCUUGUCAUCCUUGACUAGCAAGUUCACACUGGACCUCUGGUAAGCCACCCUCCAGCACCCAAAACUUUACGAAAGUGGAGCUUGGAAUAAAAAUGUAUGUGUGGCAGUGUAUUCACACCCUGCAUUUACAUGCCAAUAAUAUGUACAUAUACACCACUGGACACCAACACUAAACACAGUUUAAUGAGAUUUUAGAACUUUUGAACUGAGACGUAGUGUGCUGAAUCUUAUGAUGCAAGGGUUGUUGGUUCAAUUCUGCCCAUUCUGUACAAAUGAGUUUCAGGGGUUAUGAUUUCAAUCCCUGCGUUGUGAUUUGUUAUGGUGAAAAUAGUCACACUGGACAAACUGCUGUCUAUACUUUCAGUUUGGCUACCCUGGAAUUAAACUUGAAAUUCACUUUGAAUUCUCACUUUGGUAAUAAAAUAUUAAGACAUGCAUAUUUCUCUUGAGAAUUGUAUUCUGUGUCUGGGGAAUAAGGCAAGGAAACAGUUCAUUUUGCUUGUGGACUCCAUGUUGUUAUAAUGGAGUUCUUUGUCUACUCAGGCCUUAACUGUAGCUAUAUUUUUAUUUUUCAUAAUAUUUAUCUAAAUGACUUGAUUCCUAUUGGUUUCCUGAAUUGUUACAACCCAUCCCACAACAGAAUUAUGUUUAAAGUCUCCAUGCUGGAAACAAGAUAUUUAAAAUAUAUUAAAGGGAGUUUAUAGUCUUGAAAUGAACAGUUUUAGACCCCACUUUGCUGUAAAAUGAAAUGCACUCUACUCGUUUCUAGUGCCACAACUUACAGUGAAAUCAGCAUCCAUACUGACAUCACCUGCAAUCUCCUACAAUCCAUUGUGCCUCUAGUGAGGAAAAAAAGAGAAUUGGAGAGAGCUAUGCUUCUAAAUGCUACCAGGAUGCAUACCGGUGGCCUUCUAAAUACAUUAACCCUCAUUUAAUUCCAUUAAGCAUUAUUUAAUUCCUUAGCGACCGUGGACGUACAGGGUACGUCAGCCCAAAAAGUUAACUGCUGUAAGGGUAUUACAUGAUGCCUCGAUAUCGAGGCAUCUUGUAAUAGCCCCCACACUCUCGGGCACCCCCGGAGCGAUCACGUCCGGGUUGCUGCAUGUGGCGUCCAGCAGUGUAGAGCAGAGCCACGGAAGCCAUCAUGCAGGCUUCCAAUACUCUGUGUGUACUGAGUGCCUCGAGGGGUCGAGGCACUCAGUAAUAGUAAAUAAAUAAAUAAAUAAUAAUUAAAAAAAAAAUACAAUUACAAAAAAGUUAAAUUUAAAAAAAAUUAACCCUCUACCCUCCCUCCCAUCUCCCUCCCCAUGUACUUACCAAUAGCUGCUGUUCCCCCGCUGGUGAUCUGUGUUCUUCUGAGCCCAGACAGUCCCCUCCUCUGCACUGUAGGACCCCCAGGUGGCCAGUGCUGCCAGCAUGGGGACUGCAUGAACUGACAGGCAGUCCCCCUGCUGGUGAAAAAGUAAAAAUAAAGUUAAUAAAAGUAAAUUUUUUUUUUUUUUAUUUAAUUUAAAAAUGUGUGAAUAUGUAUUAAUAUAUAAAAUUACACACACGUGUGUGUGUGUGUGUGUGUGUGUGUGUGUGUGUGUGUAUAUAUAUAUAUAUAUAUAUAUAUAUAUAUAUAUAUAUAUAUAUAUAUAUAUAUAUAUACUGUAAAAAUAAUUUUAAAAAAAUUCUGUCAUUUUAUUCCAUUAUAUAUUUAAUUAAGGGAACACAAAAAUAAAACAUCCUAGAUCUAAAUGAAUUAAAUAUUCUUCUGAAAUACUUUGUUCUUUACAUAGUUGAAUGUGCUGACAACAAAAUCACACAGAUUAAAAAAUGGAAUUCAAAUUUUUCAACCCAUGGAGGUCUGGAUUUGGAGUCACACUCAAAAUUAAAGUGGAAAAACACACUACAAGCUGAUCCAACUUUUGAUGUAAUUUCCUUAAAACAAGUCAAAAUGAGGCUCAGUAGUGUGUGUGGCCUCCACGUGCCUGUAUGACCUCCCUACAACACCUGUGCAUGCUCCUGAUGAGGUGGCGGAUGGUCUCCUGAGGCAUCUCCUGCCAGACCUGGACUAAAGCAUCUGCCAACUCCUGGACAGUCUGUGGUGCAACGUGAUGGUGGAUGGAGCGAGACAUGAUGUUCCAGAUUAGCUCAAUUGGAUUCAGGUCUGGGGAAAGGGCGGGCAACAAUGCCUUCGUCUUGCAGGAACUGCUGACACACUCCAGCCACAUGAGGUCUAGCAUUGUCUUGCAUUAGGAGGAACCCAGGGCCAACCGCACCAGCAUAUGGUCUCACAAGGGGUCUGAGGAUCUCAUCUUGGUACCUAAUGUCAGUCAGGCUACCUCUGGCGAGCACAUGGAGGGCUGUAUGGACCCCCCCAAAGAAAUGCCACCCCGCACCAUUACUGACCCACUGCCAAACCGGUCAUGCUGGAGGAUGUUGCAGGCAGCAGAACGUUCUCCACGGCGUCUCCAGACUCUGUCACGUCUGUCACAUGUGCUCAGUGUGGACCUGCUUUCAUCUGUGAUGAGCACAGGGCGCCAGUGACGAAUUUGCCAAACGUCCUGCAUGGUGUUGGGCUGUAAGCACAACCCCCACCUGUGGACGUCGGGCCCUCAUAUUACCCUCAUGGAGUCUGUUUCUGACUGUUUGAGCAGACACAUGCACAUUUGUGGCCUGCUGGAGGUCAUUUUGCAGGGUUCUGGCAGUGCUCCUCCUGUUCCUCCUUGCACAAAGGCGGAGGUAGCGGUCCUGCUGCUGGGUUGUUGCCCUCCUAUGGCCUCCUUCACGCCUCCUGAUGUACUGGCCUGUCUCCUGGUAGCACCUCCAUGCUCUGGAUACUACGCUGACAGACACAGCAAACCUUCUUGCCACAGCUCGCAUUGAUGUGACAUCUUGGAUGAGCUGCACUACCUGAGCCACUUGUGUCGGUUGUAGACUCUGUCUCAUGCUACCACUAGAGUGAAAGCACCGCCAGCAUUCAAAAGUGACCAAAACAUCAGCCAGGAAGCUUAGGAACUGAGAAGUGGUCUGUGGUCACCACCUGCAGAACCACUCCUUUUAUUGGGGGUGUCUUGCUAAUUGCCUAUAAUUUCCACCUGUUCUCUAUCCCAUUUGCACAUCAGCAUGUGAAAUUGAUGGUCACUCUGUGUUGCUUCCUAAGUGGACAGUUUCAUUUCACAGAAGUGUGAUUGACUUGGAGUUACAUUGUGUUGUUUAAGUGUUCCCUUUAUUUUUUUUGAGGUGUGUGUGUGUGUGUGUGUGUGUGUAUAUAUAUAUAUAUAUAUAUAUAUAUAUAUAAUGUGUGUGUGUGUGUGUGUGUGUGUGUGUGUGUGUAUCUAUAUCUCUAUUUUCAUUCUAUGUAUAUCUCGUUAAUCACCAUGGACGUACAGAAUAUGUCCGACAAGAAGGUUAAGGACCGCAGACGUACCUAGUAUGUACGUGGCAAAUAGGAGCCCUGGACUUACCUGUACCGGCGAUCUGCGGCGAUCACGGUCAGGGGGGCUGCCGGAGACCCCAGCAGUCCCCCUUCAGUAGCUCCGACCACCCCUGCCCUCCAGGGCCAUGUGAUCAGCAUGAUCACAUCGCCGCAAUACGACUCUAGGAGCUGCCAGUCCCCCAUGCUGCUAAAAAGUAAUGAAAAUUAUAAAAUGAAUGUUAUACAUAUGUAAAUGUUCUAAAAUAAUGAAAGCGCUUUUUUUUUUUUUACAUUCAUUUUAUAAAAAUGUUUUAAUAGUAAAUUAUGAUAAUAUGGAAAAUAAUGGUAUCGUUAGAUUUAAAAUCUACCUUAUUUCCAUCACUACAGACCAUGCCCGAACCAACCUCCUAGUUGACGUCAACAAAAUGUUUUCAGCCAGUCCGAUGCUUUCCCUUUGGGAAAGCAUUGGAUUGGAUGAAAUUUUAAAGGAGGUGGGACAGGGAUGGGGUCAAACGCCGGCUUGGCCAGUCAGCAACUCCUCACCAUGCUCAAUCACUGAGGGGAAAAAUUAAGCGUCUCCAUGAACACUGUGCAGCACUGACCCAGGAAGCGGUUACUUGGUUACAGUAACUAUAGUGUUAGCCCUGUAAUGGAAAAAAAUGCCUCUCCUGCAAAAUGGUAAUGUGUUGUUUUUUUGUUUUGUUUUUUUUUGUCUGCAAGUUGUAGUGUUAAAAUGACAGGGACAUGGCACCUACACCACUUCAUUGAGAUGAAAUGAUCUGGGUGCCUAGAGUCCGUGUAACUACUAAACUGUGCUAGAAUUGAGUUGGUAACCAUUCCUCUUCCCCUUAAGAAGUGAAAUGGGCAUGAUUUUUUACUUUUAAAUACAUUUUAAAAAACUCUUAUUUGGUCAAAACAUAAAGAGGUUCACGUUUCCUUUAUCUCAUAGGCAUGGUUAUAUUGUCUGGAGUCAUCUGGCACCAUCCUUCCAUUCAUUUUACCAUGUUUUGUGGUUGAGUACCAUCCAUGGUGCCAAUAAUGGCAAUGAUUUAUGGAAAUGAGCAUUGUUGCUCAAUAAGGGACACUGCAAAAAUGUCUGGUCACUUAUUACUUGAUCUGUAAAUAAAAUCAAGGGGUGGGGAGGUGGGCGAGAGAACAGCAGUAAAAAGAACAAAUAAAAAUCUGCAAUAUAUUAAAGUCUAUAACCUCCCCCCCAUUCCUCAGUUGUUUACUUCUUCUUACUUGAUCUGUUUACAAAUGCCAGAAAAAUGCACAUACCUGUAUACUGCAAAAUAUAUACAUAUUUAUAUUGUGUAUGUAUUUUGCAGAAAACCUACCUGAUUUUUAGUUUUAAUUUUUUGGUUCGUCUGUAUAGUUUGGUCAAAAUUUAUGGGAACGGAAAUACCAAAUGAACUAAUUUUGGACCAUUCUAAACAAUUGAUUUUAUUUAAUUUUUUAUUUUUUUUGCCGUACUCAAAUCUAUUGAACUGAUCUCAAAUUUUAGGCAUUAAUAACCAUUUUUGUUUUAUUGGCAUUUUGCAGGUUGGUUAUAACUUUUUUAUUUUUUUUUUAUUUUUAAUAUGUUCUUUAACAUUCUCUAAAUAAUGCACCAAAUCUUGAAGUUAAAACAAAAAAUUCUUCAUCACACUUUAGAAUUCAUGCCACCUAAAUAUACUGUAGGGUUUAUAGAUGACCUUUUUAAUUUCUUAUGUCAUGCACAUCAAGCAGGCCACUGAUCUCACUUAUUUUUUGCCACAGGAAAUUGAUGUCAAGCCGGGUAGAAAUAUGGUGGCAUACUGGAGAAGAAUCCUUUUCCUCCUUUUAGCAUCCUACAAGCUUUUUCUAAUAGAGUGCACAACAGACGAAGAAGUUCCUGAUGAAUGGACGCUCCUUCAUGUAGUCGAGGGACAAAUAGGGGCAGGGAACUACAGUUAUUUUGGGUUAAAUUAUGACGGAAAGAUAAUACUCCAAAUGCAGUGUCUUGCAGGCGAUGCUGAUUUGUACGUAUCUGCUGCAACCCUGCAUCCAAGCUUCGAUGAAUAUGAGCUGCAGUCAGCAACAUGUGGGCUUGACAUAAUUACUGUGCCAGAUCAUUUCAGCCGGCCAGUGGGCAUUGGCAUCUACGGACAUCCCUUUUACCAGGAAAGUAAAUUUGAGCUGCAAAUAUUUUAUGACAAAACCAUCUACGAUGAUCCUUAUGCUGAUGCCUCUUUUGAUCCUGAAGAUGUAGAAGCUAGUCAAAAAAAGCAGGGACAAAUGCCACCGGAUACAUCUCAGGAGGAGAAACCUGUGCUGAAGGAUAUAGUAAUAGGGAUACUGAAACUGAUCCUUGAAAUACUUUUCUAAGUGCACUUUCGUUAGUAUUCCAUACUUUCAAUGCAUUUAUCUUUUUUGUAACUUGCAAUAACUGGAAUUGUUGUUAACUUCAGGGGCUAAGUGCAGGAGCAGCUGCGGUUUCCUACUUGGCUGUGAUGUUAAGCAAAUAUUUACUAAAAACGUCCUUCUUGAAUGUUCUCUAAUCUUGCGUGAUGAAGCUUUGGUGUUGAUGCUAGAACCACAACACGGACUAAAUUCUUCCCAAAGCAGGGGAUUUUAACCCCCUUAAGGACCAAACCUCUGGAAUAAAAGGGAAUCCUGACAUAUCACACAUGUCAUGUGUCCUUAAGGGGUUAAUGUUGCUGUAGGGAUUUAGCACUUUGCGUUGUUUAUUAAAAGAAUGAACUAUUUUCACACUGUAGAAUUUAAUUUGGUAAUUCACAAUGUAUUUUGAUUAAGAAAACUGUUACAGACUGGAAUCUGUACACCAUUUUUGCAAUGCUGUUGGGAAUAAAAAAAGAUUUCUGGUGCCGCA